CUUUUUCUUGUUUUGGUAGUUUGUGAGGUAUAUGUUAAAUUUGAUAAAAUUCCUUUGCAGAUGAUUGCUAUGUCUUGCUGACUCUUUGCUUAUCAUUGAUUUUAAUGAUCAAUCAUUGAUUCAAGUGAUUACAAGUUUUAACACAUAAUGAGAUAGAUAGACUGGAGACUAAAUUGAGAAAAUUUGAGUGCAGCUAAUUUUCACUUGAAAGAAAUAUUUAAACAUUGUAUCUUAAGAAAAUUGAAGCAAAAAUUACUUUUCAAGCACUGAAAUACUUGACUAUUUUGAAUCAUUUAAGUGAAAGAGAAUAUGAGCGCCAACACAUGCAAAAUAUAAUUUAGAUAUAUAGUGUUACAGGAAUUUGAAGGAUUUACUUAUUUAAGCCUUUACUGAGAUAGACAGACUAUAAUUAAUGAACAAUCGCUUUGGUUAUCUCAGUAUAAUUAACUGUGCAUUCAAUCACUAAUUUAAUCAAUAGAUUAACGUUAAAAAGUAAACCUUUGAAGAGCUGGUGCGACUUCUGUUUACAUUGAGAGAGAAAAACGUGCUUCCUUCUAGCUUUAACAAUUGGAGGCUUUCCUUUGACUAUUCUUGGCAUUUGUUAAGUUCAUCAUCUGAUAGAUAAGUGUAAUUUCCCUCUCGUUAACUGCAAAACUCUAAAAUUGAACAUCUGCCAGCUUUCAUUUAUAUUCUUCUGUCAAGUAUUUUACCUUAAAAUAUAAUCAGGCAGAAAAAAUCAUCGAUAUCCAGUGUGAAAAAAUAUCUCAGUUUGAUCAGUUUACCUGUAAUUGUUGUGCAGUGCAGGUAUUUUGAGAUGGCACCCUUCUUUCUUGGACUGACGUCUGCUGUAAUGUGAUCAAAGUCACAUGAGUGUUUUAUUUCAUACAAAUAUGGCUGCUUUCCAGAAAAUAAUGUUCUGAGGGGGAUUUCUGUUAUGUAACUAAUUGAUGUUGCUGUAACCAUGCUGAAAUUUGUAUCAACGAAACCGCCAAAGGGAGGCCAGCCAAGUCAAGGAAACACUGAUGAGAAACCAAGGAAAAAGAAGGGUUCUUUUCGUUGGAAGAUUUUCUCAAAACGAGAAAAUCCCCAAACUUUCGAAAACCAUGAUAAGAGUGACGAGUUGGACACAAGAAGGGAUAAGGAUUGUGAAAGAAACAUGGAUGAGUAUUUAACCAACCAAGCGGACUAUGACAAUUAUGACUCUUCUCAAAUGAAAGAUUCGUCACAAAAGGGAGUAAACGGAAAAGUUGCCUAUACAAGGUCAUGGUCAGCAGGAUCAGAUUCUAGUGUUGAUUCAUAUAGAGGAUCACAAUCAAGAAAACACAUCUAUGACCCUUACAAAGGUCAAAGUCAUCCACUUCGUCAUGUGACUUGGAGUCCAGAUGUAACUGAUGGAAGUGAACAUGGAUUUUCUUUUGACACUAGCAACAUAAUGGGCAAUGUUACUAGGCAACAUGAGAAAGACAAUAUUGUGGGCAAUGUUUCUAGGCAACAUGAGAAAGACAAUAUUGUGGGCAAUGAUUCUAUGCAACAUGGGAAUAUUGUGGGCAAUGAUUCUGGGCAACAUGAGGAUUAUUACUGGGACAAUUUAGAACAGUUUAAUAGCUCACAACCAUUUAAAUUAUUUCAUCAAGGCACUUGUGCUCUAGAUGAAAAUGGACCAUUUUACCAAACAAUUAACAAGAAAACACCACCUGUUAAUGUUUCCUCUGGACAAUCUCAUCCAACAUGUUCAAGGAGAUUAGAAUUUUAUCCAAGGGACCAGUUUAUACAUCAUGUUGGGAAACCAAUUCUGAAUAGAAAAUAUGAAAUGUACCCGAGCGUAACAUUGCCACAUAGAACUAAAAGUUCAACAGCAACUGCUGCAGCAGCUAAUUCAUAUGCCACUGUCGGACCAAGGACUUUAAAACGGAAUUACAACAUACCAUACAGUGUUCCUGUUUCAUCUACAAAAUCAUCACAACAAUCUAUUCCUAUGAAUGUGUCACAUGACAAGCCAAAGCUGCCUCCACUUAAUAUUCCAAUACAUAGAAAUUUAAUGAGGAAUUACAGUGUACCUUAUUGUGUAUCGUCAGAACCGAUUUCUUCUCCGAGGGAAAUUUCUGUCAAUUCAAAGUUAAUUUUUUCUCCAUCAAUUUAUAGUACACCAAAACAAAGGAAAGAAUAUGGCUCAGAUAGAACUGUGAAAUCUUGGGACCAAAAACCUGCAAUUUCCACAGACUACGAUCGUUUAUUGACUACAGAAGACUAUUUCAAAAGACCCAGUUCAGAGGGACCAUCUCUAAAAAUUUCAAAACCAUUCUCAGACCCUCUUUACAAGGAGGAUAAAUACUUAGAUUUUAUACAGAACAUAAGAAAAAGAUAUCCCCAGCAGGGUACUAAUGAAUUACAAAGUAAUACAGCAAAACCUACCAUGAUAGUUGACAGUUCUCUGCAGGGAACCAGUCAACCUAAUGGUACUACAAGAGUUUCUGACAAAUUUGAAGAAAGGAAAUAUGGAAGGCGUUCUAAUGGUUAUGAAGAUGUGACAGAAAUGUAUUUUCCACAUGUGAUGACAUCUUGUGUACCACAAAUUAAUAAUCAUGAUGUGAAACAUGAAACAGUAAACAGAUACCAUUACUCCACCAGAGAUCAAUUCUCUGGAUCCCCUGGAAUGUCCCAGUCCUCAACACUAAGAAAUAUGAUCACCAGGGCCCAAGAUCACCAUGGCAACAGAGAAGAUGACCAACUUGUCCUUGACCUUGUGUACAUCACAGAAAGGAUUAUAUCGAUGUCCUUUCCAUCCGAUGGACAUGAGACAACUUACCAGUAUAACUUAAAUGAAGUUAUGAACAUGUUGAAACAAAAGCAUGGGGACAACUGUAUGGUCAUCAACGUCUCUGAACAAAGACCAGACUUACAGAAAGUUAAUACACAGCGAGUGGUAGACUAUGGAUGGCCAGCACACCUUGCACCACCACUGGAACGGCUUUGUAACAUUUGUAAAUCUAUGGACUCCUGGCUGAACUCUGACCCCAGUCAUGUUGCUGUCAUCCAUUGUAAAGGAGGUCAAGACAGAAUCGCCAUGGUGAUAGCAGCUUUCAUGCAUUACUGCAAUAUCUGUGCAAGUUCUGACCAAGCCAUGGACAGAUUUGCUAUGAAAAGAUUUUAUGAUGAUAAAUUAAGUGGAAUUUUACAGCCAGCACAAGAAAGAUAUGUACAGUAUUUUGCUGGGUUAUUAUCUGGUAAAAUAAAGAUAAACAGUAACCCACUGUACCUUCAUCAUCUUGUUAUCCAUGGUGUUCCUAACUUUGAUACGAAAGGAGGAUGUCGGCCAUUUAUUAAAGUUUACCAGGGAAUGCAGGCCAUUUUCACAUCAGGAGUCUACAAUGUUACAGACCAGAUGCAAAAAGUGUGUAUUUCAAUAUCACCAGGAAUUCCACUACGUGGGGAUAUUAUGAUUAAAUGUUUUCAUAAACAUAAUUCAGGAGGCCGAGAACCUAUAUGGACCACUCAAUUCCAUACGUGUGCAAUUUCUAAUAUGAAUGUUUUGUUUGCUAAAAAUGAAUUGGACGAGGCUAAGGAUGAUCCUCGUUUUCCAAGGAUAGGGAAGGUUGAGUUUGUAUUUGGUAAAAGUCAAGACAGUAGAGUAUUAGUACAUGAUUUCAAAUCAGACGUAACAGUGCCAGUAAUAGAUGAGGAUGGACUCAAACGCUCAGAAUCUUACGAAAAUUUUCUCCGCGCUGGAGGACUGACGGUGGAUGAUGUGCGAGACACGGGCAUGUCCCCUAUUGCCACAUCACGAAUUUCAUACGGACAUGCUGAGGGCCCAGUCGAUGGCAGCUUAUAUGCAACAGUUCAUAAACGACAGCAUGAAUUUGUCGAUAACUCAACCAUUUUACAAAAUGGCAACACACAGUUUCAAAAUGGCUCACAGGCUUCAAGCGUGGACUCUGGUAUUUCAGCCUCCUCUGGGUUAGUUGGAAACACAAGCACGAGCCAAUACAGCACACAUGCACGUACUAGUGAACCAGUCCAGCAACAGGGAUACAGUACAAGUAACAACACAAUGAAAUCGAGCUAUAGUUCUCAAAGUACCCUGCCGAAAAAGGCAGCAACUGUUGAUGAACAGAAGGAACUAGAUAUGAUUCUUAGUGAUUUGUUAAAUGACCAAGUUUUUGUUACUAGCCCUAAAAGUCCCCCUAAAAGUAGCCAUUCUUCAUCUAAUGAUACACGAACAUUUAGGACAUACGAUACUGAAAGAGGGCCAGAUGGGAAACUAACAUAUCGUACCGCAGAGGUGAAUUAUAAAGUGCCAGAACAACAAAGUUAUUCCUAUUCAACUAGAACUUUUAGCGAUGAUAGCAAAACAUAUGUGCCUCCAAAUGCCUUCAGCUAUACUCCUGCGUCACCCGAGUUAGCUCGACGAACGGAAACAACUAAAACUACAACAUUACCUUAUAGUGUACGGACUGAUUAUGAACAUCAGAAUGGUGACCAAUUCUCAUACUCACGGUCUGACUCAGAUAACUCGUCGUGGUUACAGCAACAACAACAGAAGUUACGGGAACGGAAAGAUAGUAAGUCAGAAGAGAGACAACAACAGGAGAAACAAUUAGUAGACGAAUUACGAUCGGCACAGAAUAAAUAUUUUACGAAACGUGCUCAAAAUGAGGCUGAUGAACAAGCUGUAAUGACCUCGUUUCAACAAAACAUGUCACCACCCCCAACUAUGAGUAAUGGACCCACAACGGGAAAUUACUCAUACUCCAUGAAAAAGACUCAUACUUUUUCGACAGAUAAAUCUCCGGAGCCAGUGAGAACGUACCCUACAGGUGAUUCUUCCUAUACAUCUACAAGCUACAGAACUGAAUCUAACAAACCGCCCCCAUCACCGGGGCAAACCAGGACAAAUAUUCAAAUAAAUAUGCCUGUUUCACCCCCACUUAGGAGUAGUAGCAAAGAUUACAUGCAACGGUCAAGAACAAGUAGUUCAAGCAAUUCAUGGCAGUCAACUCAGGGUCAAAAUUCAUAUCGUCAAAAUUCUGACUCAACUUUCGAUAGGCAGUCUGAAGUCAUACUGCCGCCAGUAGUCAAAACUAUCACCAUAACAACCCCUCCCCUAUCAAGGCGUAGCUUCUCGCCAACCAACCAACAGAAUGUCCAAAAGACAUCUAAUUACGAAAUUCGUCAAACCGUAAGGGAUCAGUCACCUGAUUUCAGUAAGAGCCUUCCAAGAUAUUCUCCAACAAAAACCAAAGUGACGGAAAUUCAGGAAACAAAUUUCCCAGAAGGAGAUAAGAAAUCUCAUUACAUCACAGAAGUUUAUGUCCAUAGAACUGCUGGAGAUACCCCAGAGUCAGUCCAACAUCAUCGAACAAAAUCAGUCGAAAGAACGGAAAAAACAGAAGUCGACAAAACAAGGUCAUUGGAUGAACUUGAAAAAUCUUUACAAGCUGCAUCCAAUUCAAUAAUCGCAACACAGCCAACAUGGCAAGUUCAAAACCAACAACAACAACAACAGCAAACAGGAAACCAGGGAUUCCAAAAAAUAGAGCAAACCCAGAGAGUGACACGAAAAUAUGAAACCAGAACAUUUGAAACCCAUAAUCAAGAGAAACAGGAAAGAGUGAGUAACGAGGAACCACGAAGCAUGUCACCAACAUGGGAUAAUGUUUCCCCGCAUGUAACCAUAGAUACUGAAAUCCAGGAUUCAGAAUUGGAUGCAGAAGUUUUGUUUCUUAUGAGCAAAUAUUCUGAGGAUGAGCAGCGUCAAGAGAUAGCUGCUCCACGUCCAAAACAUAUCAACGUUGUAGAGGAAGAUCGAUUUAGUCUGAGACCUAUCGGUCCUGGCAUGCAACCAUUGGAACCAGAAGGCAUACAAACUGGAACCCUGCCAAGAUCUACCACACCUAGCUUCCCAGUUAGCCCUGUGUCAACUGCAGAGCAAGUUAUACAGUCUGUACAUCAGAAAGUCCGGCGUCUGUCGCUGGGAUCAGUAAGAGAUCUGCAUGUUACUCCACCAUUUCCAAUUACUCCAAGAUCACCAUACAAUACAAUGCAAGCUUCCAUGCCUAGUUUGUCACCUACAACGCCACCUGUAUUUGAUAAAGACGAGCAUUACAAUCGCAUUGUGAGCCGACAGAUCGCACGAUCUACGUCGGAUCGAACUUCAGAUCCACUUUAUGCCUCCAUACCUGAGGAUCUAGCUAGAAGGCAGAAGUCAGCAACCCAUCAACAGAAUCAUCAACAACACCAGCAGCAGCAGCAGACACAGCAACAGACAGAGCAUCGUGAGUACAAAUACCAGACUCAACAGAAUUACAACUACAACCAGCAACCAGGUCAACAAUUUGUCACUGGUUCCCAGCAGAAUGUUAAUAUGAUUGAAGGAAUGCCACCUCAGAAUAUACCAAUUCAACAUCAACAAGGUGGUUCUCAGUUCAACACUAUGAGUUCAACACAGGGCUCAGUUCCCUCUCCACAAGGUUUCAAUACAUUAGGUUCCAACCAAUCAUAUCGCACGGAAUCACAUGACAAAUACCAUACAAUGGGUUCCACCGGUUCACAGGAUAGGUUCGGAACAAUGGGUUCACAGCCAGAUAGGUUUGCAACAUUGGGUUCACAGCAAGAAAGGUUCGGCACAGUGGGUUCACAGCAAGAUAGGUUUGGCACAACAGGUUCACAAAACUUCAGUACUAUGAGCUCAGGACAUCAACAACAGUUUGGUACCAUGGGUUCACAGCAGAAUGGAACACUCCAUGUUGAUACAAGACAAGGACAUAUGCACAGUGGAUCCUCUUCUGCAGGAAGUCCACACUCGCCUGAGACUUUGAAUCAAUUACGUCAGCAACUACAUGUAGCACACAACAUGUCUUCCAGUUCAGGGGGCGCUCUUAGUCCAGGGCCCCACUCCAUGACAGGUCAAAGUUCACCUAGUGUUUACUUUGGUUUGUCAAGAAGAGGAAGUCUAACCUCACUGGCAGAUAAUGCAGAUGCAGUACACGCUACUCCAAAGUUUGUAAAGAACACGUCAAAAUAUUGGUACAUGCCAAAUAUAACCAGGGAAGAAGCCAUUCAAAUGCUAAAAGACAAAUCCCCUGGUACAUUUGUUGUCAGGGAUAGUAACUCUUUCCCAGGAGCCUUUGGUCUUGCCUUAAAGGUAGCUACAAUACCUGCCAAUGUCCAGACAAAAUCGUCAGGUGAUCCAGCCGCUGAUUUAGUUCGUCACUUCCUCAUAGAACCGACUCCUAAAGGUGUUCGGUUACGAGGUUGUAGCAAUGAACCUGUGUUUGGUAGCUUAGCAUCCCUUGUUUACCAACACUCUAUAACUCCAUUGGCUCUGCCAUGUAAACUGGUACUACCAGAAGUUGUUUUACCAAGAUUUGUCCCCUGUGUUCCAGUUUAUGAAGAUCAAGCAAUGGAGAGCAGCAUGGACGUAUCACAUACAUCAGAACUGCCAUCAUCUGCAGCAGCUCUUCUGGCACAGGGAGCAGCUUGCAAUGUAUUGUAUAUUAACUCAAUAGACACAGAGUCAUUGACAGGCCCACAAGCUGUUGCCAGGGCAUUGAAAUUGACCUCUGAAAUGGGCCCACCACCAACAUCAACGGUGGUCCAUUUUAAAGUUUCUAACCAGGGUAUAACAUUAACAGACAACCAACGAAAAUUAUUCUUUAGAAGACAUUACCCUGUGUCAGCUGUAACAUACUGUGGAAUGGAUCCAGAAGGAAGGAAAUGGAAGAGAGAUGCAGACAUUGCAGGUGUUCAACUAGAAAGCAGGGUAUUUGGAUUUGUUGCUAGGAAACAUAGCGGUGCCUCAGACAAUGCUUGUCAUCUGUUUGCUGAGCUUGACCCUGAACAACCAGCUUCAGCUAUAGUCAACUUUGUUACAAAAAUUAUGAUUGGUCAAAGCAGCAAGAAAUGAGCGAAAUGUGAUAAUUAUUGUUUUUCAUAUAUUGGCAUUAUCCAGCUAAAAAUAUUUGUAAGAAAUAUUGGAAAAGCGAAGUAUAUAAAUUGUUUGUUUUUAUAAAUGUUUUCAUUUAUUUCAACUCUCAUGUUGGUAAAAUACAGAACUAUGUCACAGACGACGAACCAGAUGACUUUGUUUAAAAGAUCAAACUUAAGAAUUAACGAGAUUAGUUGUGUUAUCUGAUGAGAAUAUCGAGGGUAAUUAACUACAUCAAGUCCAUAUUGUUACACCAAGUUUGAGUUGAAUGGCCUUGACUUUCAUUGCUGCAAGCGGCCAUAUUGAAAAUGGAAUUUUUUAUGCUUUAGUAUAUAUUUACAACUCACAUGAGCUUUAUGUUGUUAAUGAUAUAUAAAUGUUUGUUUAUUUUUUAUUGUUUACAUAUAUCAUGUUAUGUUUGUGUAUAAACAAGUGUGAUUGAUGUCAUUUUGUAGAAAUUAGUUAAUUCAUGUGAACCUAUCAAGUUUUAAUAAAAAUUUAUAAAGAAAAUAAUUUGAGGGGGGAUUGGAAGGGAUACAAAAGGUUAAAGGUUAACAAAAGGGUUCAAUCCCAUGAACCCUAAACAUAAAAGAUCAAGGUCCCUGAAUUUUGUGUCAUGAAUUUAUAGACCAGGUUCCUUCUUUUCUAUUGAUGUUUACAAAUUGAGGUAAAAAUUAGUAUGUGCCUUUUUAGAUAAAUUGAAUGGCAAUGAAUUUUUUAUCUUUUUGUUUUUUUAAUUGGCAAAAAAAUAUGAAUAUGCAAAAUUUAAAUAUAUUUAUUAUACAUAAUUAUUACAUGUAUGGAUGUAGAUGUUCAUUUGUUUUAAUUAUUCAUUAUUAUAUAUGUGUAUAAGAAAUUCUAUAUUUAUGAAAAAGUUCAUUUGAUAUAGCUGAAUUUGUAUAGACUUUGUUUUAGUGCAGUGUUUAGUAUUUAUAAAGCUGACCUUUAGCACAGAGAUAUAUGCAACAAAGGGAAAGCCCCUUAGAACAUUUGCUUGCAGUUUACAGCUUCAUAUGACUUCUGUUGUAUGAUUGAGACUAUUUUUUCGAGAGGAACCAAUUAAUUCCUCAUAUUGAUUUGAGUUUAUUCAGCUCUGUUUUCGCUAAAAGUUUUGACCCUUUCCCGCUUUCGUUAUGUAGUAUUUGUGCCGAGUGGAAGGUUCAAAAGUUCAAAAUGUUUUUGUUGUUGAUGAACAUUUAAGUGUAUGUACACUUAUAGAUCUACAUGUUUAGUUAAAUGUGAUACCAAAUUUUUAGAUAUUUCCAACAUAUUUUAUUUUUAUCCUCUUAAUGCCAUGUAUCUCGUAUCGCCUCUUUGCUUUAAUAUACCAUUUACGGGUUUUAUACGCAUUUAAAUGUCAGUCGUCUCUCAAAUCUUGCCUUUAGUUAAGUAGGAUAAAAAUAGUUGUAUUUGAUGUGUUUUGUUGAGAUGUCUGAGUCAUGUUUUGAACGAUCAUCAUUUUUUGACACAGAAAAAAAUAUAUAGAUCUCAAAAAAGGAAAAGAGUUUAUCUAGAGUUUAUCUUUUUUUCAGUUCCUUGUUGAGAUAAAUGAAAUAAAGAAAGAAAGAAAUAAGGAUGAUUUAAAGCAUGAGGUUCAUCAAUUUUAAAACUAAAUGAAUUAUAAACUGAUCAAAUAUGAGAUCUUUAUUUAAAAUUUCUAAUGCAUCUUUUGUUAUAUUCAGGCCUUUUAAAGGAUUUUAAAUUUCUAAGUUAGUUUUUUUCCCUAAAAAGUGGAAGUAAUUAAAUUCUGUAGUUAACUUUCUAAUUCUUACUUUAGUUAGAAAUGAAAAUCUACUCAUUGCCUGUUUAAUAUUUUUGUAUGAAUUUUUAUAAUUGUAAGCUUGCUUGCUUUUGGUGCAAUUUUGUUGAAACAAUGUACAUAAUCUCAAUAUUUGUUUUGGUAAAACUUGUAUUUCAGUGUAAAAUUGUAUCUAUAGUUACCAUGGUUACGAUAAAGGUUGUCGUUUGUCUGCAAAAUUUUAUAACAUACAUUUGACAUUAAGUAUAUAUAAUGUGUAUAGUGCUAUACUGUUUUAUGUACAUGCUAAAUGUAAAGUUCAAAACCAUAGAUCUGGAUGAAAUAGGGGGUCAAAGAAGGCAAGUUGUUAGAAUUAUUUAAAUGAUUGAUUAUUCUAUAUAUCUUAAUCUGUAAAUUGCAAAUAUUUUAAUUCUAUAUGCAAAUUUCAAUGUUACAGCAAUAUCAUUGCCCUUUUUAUGGCCCCUUGUUUUAUGUACAGGUAUAAAAUGCUUUUGUUUUUGUAUAGACUGGAGUUUAUUUUGUCUUUAUUUAAAGCAAGAGAUUUGAAAAAAAAAUUACCUCAAAAAUAGUUGAAAUUUUCUAUUUUAACAAAUUCCCCAGUCUGGACUCUAGUUAUCUCCCUUACUUGACAAAAUUACCUCCCUUUUGUUGAUAUUUUAAUUCACCGGUUGAUAGAACAUGACAAGUCUGCAAAUUCAAUUUCAAAUCAUGAUCUGUAUUCCUGAUAUAUUGAACAUUUAUUUUCAGCCUUAAUUUUUUAGAUUAAAAUAGUUGGAAGAUGAAUUAUUUUUUUUUAAGGUGGUACCUAACACUACAGGGAGAUAACUCUGUAAAAAUCAGCUAAAUGUUUUAAUUACGUUGUAUUGUUAAGGAAAUAUUAAGCUUCUCAAUGAUCAAAAUUAGUGUUUGUCAAACUGCUAUAUAACCAAAGAAAUUUUUCUGAUAAAGUGGUUGGUUCAAAUUUUUUGAAAUUUUUAUAUUUUUGUCAAAGGGUCAAAGUAAACAUUUUGUCAAAAUUUUAGGAAAAUUAAACGAGCCAAAUUAAUGUUAGUCAAGGUGUUGGGUACCACCUUAAUUCAAGGUUUUUGCCUAGAAUUUAGAACCACAUAAUAUACUAUUCAAAAUAAAAAAAGUGAGGAAAAUGUCCAAAAAGUAUUUCUAGCCGAAAUGCAUAUUCAUUAUCCUCCAUUAAAUUACUAAAAUUUUAACUAUGAAUGUCUGCUAUUGGUCAGUUGAAUUGAAAUGGUCACAAUAGACAGGAUUAUAUAGAAAACAAACAGGAAAAUGUCUGCUAUUGAUCAGGUGAAUUGAAAUGGUCACAGUAGACAGGUUUGUAUAGAAAACAAUAAACCCCAUGCAAACUCAUUAUUUAGCUUUGAUUUUAUAUUGUGAAGAAUAAAACAGUAGGAUUGUUACAAUAAACAAGUUAUAUGUGGUUAUAUAAAGAAGAAUAAAGUCCAUAUUUAUGAA